AUGGGCCUAGCAAUGGCCAGUAAUGUUCAGAAAUAUCUCCAGCGAGAGGGGAAGCCCGUAUUAAAAUCCUGGAAUCGGACAGCAUCUCGCGGUGCACCCCUGGUAUCCCUCGGGGCGAUCGAGUGCGAGUCAAUCGCCGACCUUGUGUCCCAAUGCGAUAUUGUGUUCAUAUCGACUAGCGACGACGCUGCGUUGGUGGCCAUUGUGGAUCAGAUUCUGGCAGUUCCAACUCUCGAGGACAAGGUCUUUGUUGACACGACUACCGUUCAUCCGAAUACGACAACAGACACGAGCAAUAGACUCAAAGAUCGAGGCGCGCUCUUCGUUGCAGCACCGGUGUUUGGAGCCACGCCCGCCGCGCAAAGUGGAUCGGUGCUAAUGGCCCAGGCCGGACCAAGUGAUGCCAUUGCCACAAUUGUGCCGUUUGGAAAAGGAGUCAUCGCGCGCGAUGUAAUGAUCGUCUCGGACCAACCAGAGAAAGCCAGUAUGCUCAAGACUCUCGGGAACUUCAUUGUGGCUGGCACCAUGGAAAUCAUCGGAGAAGCGCAAGUGCUCGCCGAGAAGAGCGAGCUAGGCUCCGACACCCUGGAGCGACUGCUUGAGUUGAAUUUCCCCGGUGUUGCCCAUUCCUCUUCCACGCGCAUGACUCAGGGGGUAUAUUUUCCGGAAAAAGGCCAGUCGCCUUGGUCCAGCUUGGACCUCGGGAUCAAAGAUGUCCAGCAUGGGAUCACCUCCGCUGAGAAUGCGGGAACGAGACUCAAGGUUGCGGAGGUGGCUCUGGAAAAUAUGCUGCGAGCCAAGGCGUUUUCGGAGGCACAGGGCGACCAGCCCUUGGACUCAUCGUCCGGGUAUGGUAUCAUUCGUCAGGAUGCCGGACUUGACUUUGAGAAUUCGUUUGUGCGAGAACGAAACGCGCGAAGCGAGAAAGAACGGGAAUAG